GGAAGCUAAUCGAUCUGUAAUGCAUGGGAAAGCAAGUUGCCAUAACGGUUAAAAUUUAAAAUAUAUACAGUUUCCAUUCAUUUGAAAGAAUGGGGUGGCACUCUUGACCAUGUCACCAGGUACAUUUAUAUAAUGAUUCAACGCUAAAACAAAGUGUUACCUUGGUGUUUGACGAAGCCAUUAACCCAGGAUGAUAGGGAAGCUCCUACGAUUAGGAAGAAGGCAACUUCACACCAUUAUCUCUCGAGAAACAAUUAAGCCUUCCUGUGUAACCCACCCUUCUCAUCUCCACACUUAUAAUCUUUCCUCAAUUGAUAAAUUAGCCCAACACACGUACAUGCCACUGAUUCUCUACUACUCAAACAAUGACAACAUCAAUUUAUCUGCUCAUGAUAAAGCCCAGAACAUGAAGAAAUCGUUGUCACAGAGCCUAGCACGAUACUACCCCUUCGCAGGAAGGUUACAAACUCCCACAACACCUUAUGUUGAUUGUAACGAUGAGGGAGUUGUAUUUGUUGAAGCCAAAAAUGAUAGCCAAUUGGAAACGUUCCAGCAUUGUAUUAGUGAACAAGAUGAAACUGUAGAGCAACUUUUUGCCGAUGGUCUGUUUUGUGACAACUCUCCUCAUAGUAAGAGUCUUAUUGGGGUUAAACUCAAUCACUUUGCUUGUGGUGGAGUCAUUGUGGGAUUGUCUAUGUCACACAAAAUUGGUGAUGGCUGCACUUUAGUGUCAUUUAUAAGUCAUUGGGCUUCGGUUACACGUUAUGGUUCAACUGAGCACAAAGAGGUACAACCCCUUAACCCUCAUUUCCUUCAUUCCCCGAGUAUAAGUUCUAUUCUUUCAGAAGCUCAGGUUAUCAGUCAAGGCUAUGCCAAUCGUGUCACAAAGAAAUUCGUUUUCCCUAACACAAAAUUAAGCGAUAUCAAGAACAAAGUCAACGCCUUGACGUUAGCUGGAUCUACAUCACUUAUUAAAAACCCUACACGGGUUGAAGUAUUGACCUCUCUACUGUAUAAAACCGCUGUGGCAGCAGCCACCACAAAAUCAGGUUGCUUUAAGCCGUCUUACUUGUUUAUGCCGGUGGAUAUACGUAACAAAUUUGUGGAAAAGCUGCCCCAAACAAUGGUGGGAAAUUUCGUGGGGAUCAUGAUGAUACCGACGAGGCAGGCAAGUGAAACUUCAUUAAAUGUAAUGGUGGAGGAGAUGAAGAAAGAAAAGUCCCAACUUGAAGGUAUUCCAAGUGUGGAACAUGCUGCUGAGAACUUUAAAACGUUGAAGUUAAAGCUUGGAAACGAAGAUAUAGAGGAUGUUACCCAGAGAUCGUAUUGGUGUUCCAGUUUAUGUGGGCUCCCUUAUAACAAGGUGGAUUUCGGGUGGGGAAAGCCUAUGGGUGCAUCUAUAGCAGUUAGAUCCGCAGAUAGGAUUGGUUUCCUGUUGACGGAUACUCCGGAUGGAGAUGGUAUCGAGGCGCUAGUGGUUUUGGAUAAAGAAGACAUGGAAAUAUUCGAGAAUGACAAGGAGAUGCUGUCAUUUUGCCAAAUUAUCUAG